AUGCCUGAGCUAGCUGAAAUACACCGCAUCGUGCACUUCAUCCGACAGCACCUAGUCGGGAAGACACUAAGCAAGGUAUCAACACAACACGACGACAUAAUCUACGGCAAAGUGGGCACAAGUGCAGCCGAGUUUCAAAAGGCCAUGGAGGGCAAAAAAGUGACUGGCGCGGGGCAGCAGGGGAAAUACUUCUGGAUCACGAUGUCCUCGCCACCACAUGCUGUCAUGCAUUUCGGCAUGGCCGGCUGGCUGAAGAUCCGCGAUGCAGACACGUACUAUUACCGCACGGACAAGCCGGAGGAUAAGCAGUGGCCGCCGAAGUAUUGGAAGUUCCUGCUGGAGACGGAUGGGGAUCCGAAGACUGAGGCGGCGUUUGUGGAUUUCCGCAGACUGGCUCGAAUUCGGUUGGUUGAUUGUCCGGCCGAUGAGAUUCGGAAGCACACUCCUCUGAAAGAGAAUGGGCCGGACCCUGUUGUUGAUACGGACGUUGUCACGGAAGAGUGGCUGGGUGGGAAGUUGAAGAGCAAAAAGGUGCCUGUCAAGGCGCUUCUUCUCGACCAGGCGGUUAUUAGUGGAAUUGGGAAUUGGAUGGGGGACGAAAUUUUGUACCACGCAAAAAUACACCCGGAACAAUACAGCAACACAUUGACCGACGAUCAGAUCAAAGAGCUUCACUCAUCUCUUCAUUACAUUUGUUCCACCUCCACAGAAGUAUUGGCAGAUUCUGACCAGUUCCCGGAACACUGGUUGUUCAAACAUCGAUGGAGCAAGGGGAAGAAGAACAAAGCCUCGGUUCUACCAAACGGAGAGGCCAUCACUUUCCUCACUGUCGGUGGCAGGACCAGUGCGGUGGUUCCUAGCGUGCAAAAGAAGACUGGCCCCGUGGCAGGUGAUGUAAAAGAGGAGGAUGAGAGCAGUAAUGAGCGCGAAACCAAGCGAAAACGGACGGCAAUUAAGAAAGAGGCAACCAGCACGAAGAAAGCAGACUCGAAAAAACAGAGCAAACAGACGGUCAAGGUUGAGGAAGAUGAGGAUGCGGGCAAAGACAAGACGACAACCCAGACAAAACGGCGCUCAACACGGUUAAGGAAGUGA